AUGUCCCAUCCGCCAGGCCUCGAAGCACAAAACCCGUCGCCAAAUGCGGCGCACGAUUCCGCGAUCGACUCUGGGAUUGACACCGGCUCUUUUUCCGAAUUCGAUCAAGAGAACAACGCGCACUAUGCCCUUGAAGCUCAGGAUGAUACCAGCGAAGCGUCCACAGAUGAAGGCUAUGCCGACUCAGACGCGUCGUCCUUUCUCUCGUCCAUUUUAUCAGAAGUCAGACGCGGUGUAGAGAUAGAAGGACGGUUGUACCCAUCCUAUGGCAAACACGACUAUGGCAUGCCGAUAGAUGAGAAAGAGUUGGAUCGCAACGAUCUCCAACACCACAAAUACACAUUGUUACUCAGAGACCGACUAUUCGUUGCGCCCAUCUCCGACGAAACUUUUGCCGACGCCAACAGCCGGGUUCUGGACCUAGGAACCGGCACAGGGAUCUGGGCCAUGGACAUGGCCGACAAGUACCCCAACGCCGAGAUCAUAGGCGUGGACAUUGCAGCAACACAACCCCCUUUCGUGCCCCCAAACUGCGUUUUCGAAAUCGACGAUGUUGAGGAAGACUGGGCGUACCGCCCAGCUCACUUUGAUUUUAUCCACGGCCGCGAUCUCAUGACUGCGGUACGCGACUGGCCGCGUCUAAUAAGCCAAGCAUACAGGCACCUCAAACCAGGUGGAUGGAUCCAACUAGCCAGCACCAUCCCUGGCGCCUUAUCCGAUGAUGGCACAAUCCCGCCUAAUAGCGGUUACGUAGAAUCCGGACGUCUCUAUUUCGAAAUCGCAGAGAAAAUGGGCGCGCCGCUCGAUGCACCUCGCUCCUGGGCUUCGCAAAUGAAAGAUGUGGGGUUCACAAAUGUGCAAGACGAAGUGUACAAGUUACCCAUGGGCACGUGGCCACGGUCAAAAAGGUUGCGCACGAUUGGCAAGUUGGAACAGAUUAUGAUUCUAGAAGGGGGGUUUGAAGCGUAUAUGUUGAGGGGGUAUACGCAGGUGUUGGGAGGUAAUGCUGAUGAUUUACAAAUCAUCCUUGCGCUUGCGAAGAGGGAGGUUAGGGAUCCGAGUAUUCAUACUUAUGUUCAGUUUCAUGUUACGUAUGGGCAGAAACCAAUGUAA